AUGAAGCGCAUCAUGAGGCAGCGAUUUGUCCCUGGCCAUUACCAACGUGAGCUACACUCAAGCUCAGGAAGCUUACUCAGGGUCCAAGUCUGUGGAAGAAUAUUAUCAAGAGAUGGAGGUAUGCUCUUGCGCGCCAAUGUGAUUGAAGACCGCGAGGCCACUAUGUCUCGAUUCCUUGGAGGCUUGAACCGUGAGAUACAAGACAUCGUGGAGAUGCAAAAUUGUGUGGCUAUAGAGUCCAUGCUCCACAAAGCUGUCUUGGCCGAGACACAAUUGAAAAGAGAAGCUCCACUCGAUUCAAUACAGAGCCGCGCCGACCAACCUUCACCGCGACUCUAA